CACUGGCAACUUCUUUAGAGGACACAUCAGCUAUGAAAUUCUUCAUUGUACUGGCCUUAGUAUCGGCAGCGUCAUCAGCUCGCCUCGACAAUGUCUUCCUUCCUCCCAACGCGAGAUCCUCAAGUGGUGCGAACGCUGGUCUGCAAACUCCUUAUGGAGGAGCAGCCUACAGUGGAGGACAGGCAUAUGGUGGAAACCAGGCCGAGAUCUUAAGAUACGAAAAUGAGAUCAACGAGGAAGGAUACCAUUAUGCCUUUGAGACCAGCGAUGGUACUAAAGCCGAACAACAAGGUCGUGUAUACCCCGGUGCCCAACCCGAGGAAGGUUCCCUAGCUGUCUCAGGAUCGUACUCCUACGUUGGUGAUGAUGGCCAGACCUAUACCGUCACCUACAUAGCUGAUGAGAAUGGAUACCGCGCUGAAGGAGCUCAUCUGCCCACCCCUCCACCCAUACCUGCUGAGAUCCUGAAGAGUUUGCAAUAUACUGACAGCACUCAAGGCACAUACCAAAGCAGAAAAAGCAGUUACGACGCGGACGCGGGUUACUAAAUCUAAGCUUAAUUAAAAAUUAAAUUAAAAAGCCUCUUUAGCAAACUAAAACUAAAAGUAAGCACCUCUAACGACUUUGGUCGUCGGCUGUACACCGCCAUAGUACAGUGAGCAACAAAAUUAUAAGCAAUAAGUUAUUUUUAGUCUCCGAGCGAUGCGAUUGGACGAUGUGGCCAGUACCUGUGUUUAGUAGUCGUUAAAGUUAUUAUUUUUAUAUUAAAAGUUCUUUUGUAAAUAG